AUGAUAUCCCUAACAAGCCUACCGUGUGAAGCAUUGGAAGAGGUUUUCCAUCAACUCGACCAACACUAUACAUUAGCACUUGCUCCGUUGCAUUCCAAGCUUUACUACAUUGCUAAACCUAAAUUAUACAGAAACAUAUAUGUGUACACACCCUGGCCUAUAAUUGAAUAUGGUGUCGAAUCAAAUGAACAGGGAGAAACUUUCCACAUCUCCAAGAACCUCAACAACUUCAAGAGCAAAAAGUAUUCAAUCAUCUCAUCAGAUACGCUUGAGAGAUAUUUGGCGAAAAUGGACAAGACACAGGAGAUUUAUCAUUUGGAAUUAUACGGACACAAUAUGACAAUUAUUGAGUGCAUUCUCAGACACUUUUCCAAAAUUAGGUUUUUUCAACUAGUUGUACACUAUGGUUAUUCUCCGCUUCAUUAUUGGAAACCAUAUUAUAUUUGGUUGCUUCAAAAUUAUAUUGGGUUUUGCCCUCACAGUACAGUUUACAUUGCCCCAGAAACGAACUUGGCCAAAUUCCCCAUAUUUCAUGAUAAUAUCAAUCUGAUCCGAACAGAUGGCAUCAACUGGGCAGAUAAUUUCGAUUGUCUUCAUCGGCUCAAAAACGUGACUAAGCUAGUAAUGCUUGUCUGUAAAGGUGAUAAUCUUACAAGUUAUCGAUGUUGUUUCAAGCUUCAAGUAUUGGAAAUUAGUCAAUCCUCGGAUUCUCAUUUUUUUCCCAAUUUUCUAUUGAGUGAUGCCUUUGAGACCGUUUUUCUUAAAGAAUUGACUCUAUUUGGAGAUUUUAAUCCCAACACUUUGUUUAAGAGUAAUGAUUUGGAGGAAGAGUUUCCAAAAUUGUUGCUCUUUUGCUUACGGCUCUCGGGAAACGGAGAGAGAGAAGCAGCUUUCGCUCUUCAAGAUUGGAGAGGGUUUAAGCAUAGCAAGGUCAGAUAUCUUAUCUUAUCAAGUCUCAGUUGUUUGACAAGUGAUGUAAUGGCAGUGUGUGACUUGCUUGCAAAGUUUCCUAAUAGUAGUGUCAACUGGUGGUACGAACCGACACUACCCCUUAGGUUGCUAACUCACAAUUUCCGAGUUCUCAGUCCCGAUCUUCCAUUUGGAAUCAUUGGGUACCACUUUUAUGGGUUGCACUGCAGGGACCUCACGAAUUUCAGGCAGAAGGUUACUAUCGGUGGAUUCACGAACAAGACUGUGGAAGUUAAAUUAGAAAAGUAUUAUACUGAAGCUGAGUUGUAUACCAUUUAUAAACUGUGGUCCAAAAGGUAUGUAAGUCUGGAAAUGUCUGAAUUUUAG